CUGUGCCUGAUUUGUGGCCAAUGUUGGAGAUGUAAAAAAAGGAGAGAGAGGAGGGGGGUGGAGGGAAAACACUAAAGGGGGGUAGCUAUGGAGAUAGAACGUUUUCCUGGCUGCUUUCUUUGACAGGUGUUGAGUGGGGUAAAAGUCUUAAAACAGAAUCCAGCAUGUACGCCAAAGGUAAAGGAGCUGUCGUCCCUUCCGAUAGUCAAGCGAGAGAAAAGUUAGCUUUAUAUGUUUAUGAGUACUUGCUACACGUUGGCGCACAGAAAUCAGCACAGACCUUCCUGUCAGAGAUCCGAUGGGAGAAGAAUAUCACAUUAGGAGAGCCUCCUGGAUUUCUGCACUCAUGGUGGUGUGUAUUCUGGGAUCUGUACUGUGCAGCUCCAGAUCGACGGGAGACAUGUGAACAUUCCAGCGAGGCCAAGGCUUUCCACGACUAUAGCGCAGCGGCAGCUCCCAGUCCUGUGAUGGGCAACAUGCCACCCAACGACGGCAUGCCAGGUGGACCCAUGCCUCCCGGCUUCUUUCAAGGCCCGCCCGGAUCACAACCAUCCCCACAUGCACAGCCUCCUCCACACAACCCCAACAACCCCAUGAUGGGUCCACAUGGCCAGCCUUUCAUGUCUCCACGGUACCCAGGUGGACCUCGCCCUUCACUCCGCAUGCCAAAUCAGCCUCCUGUUGGAGUCCCAGGGUCACAGCCACUCCUGCCAAACAGUUUGGAUCCAACCAGACCGCAAGGACAUCCAAACAUGGGCGGCCCUAUGAGGAUGAACCCCCCCAGAGGAAUGGGAGGCAUGGGCCCACAGAACUACGGCGGUGGAAUGAGGCCUCCUCUGAACUCUCUCGGCGGACCUGGAAUGCCUGGCAUGAACAUGGGUCCGGGAGGUCGAGGGCCUUGGCCUAACCCUAACGCAAACUCGAUAGCAUACUCAUCCUCAUCACCAGGAAACUAUGUGGGGCCUCCAGGAGGUGGCGGACCCCCAGGAACCCCCAUCAUGCCAAGCCCAGGAGACUCAACAAAUUCUAGUGAAAACAUCUACACGAUGAUGAAUCCAAUUGGCCCUGGUGGCAACAGACCGAAUUUCCCAAUGGGUCCGGGGCCUGACGGUCCAAUGGGUGGAAUGGGAUCGAUGGAGCCACACCAUAUGAAUGGUUCUUUAGGCUCGGGUGAUAUGGACGGGUUGCCAAAGAACUCUCCGAAUAACAUGGCAGGGAUGAACAACCCCCCAGGGACUCCACGGGACGAUGGGGAGUUGGCAGGCAACUUCUUAAACCCAUUCCAAAGUGAAAGUUAUUCACCCAACAUGACAAUGAGUGUGUGAUUUUAUUUUAUUUUAUUUUAUUUUUUUAUGUUUUCUUUUUUUUUUUAACCCCUCGCCAAACUCCUCCUUCCCAUUCCCCCCCUCUGUGCUGCGUCUGGCAUGUUUAUUUGCUCGAUCUUGACCCCUUUUCCUCCACAACACUCUGGGCUGGUGUGGUGACGCCCUCUAGCCAGUUGGCAUGGCUGCAGAACGAAGGACUCAUGCUAGAAUCAGCCACCAGAAGCUGGUGCAGUGAUGUGGACUGGACGGAUGCAGGCUUCGGACCCGCCCUGCCUGUCGGACUUCGUCACUGGGUCGGGACAAUAAGGGCCCCCCCGAUAGAACCACCAUAUUUGUAUGCGUGUAUGUGGGACUGUGCCAGGAAAACUUUUCAUUACAAGCUGCUCAUCAGCAUUAAGACUGGUGGCUGUAUUUCAGUCCUGUUUUAUCAUUGUUUUUUUCUUCAUCUUUUUUUAUCGGCAAUUAGAGACUGAGGCUAGUGGCGGUCCAAUGUUUGAUUGCUUUGUACAUUUUAAAACGUAAAAAGCUAAACUGGUGAUACGCUGGGGGCAGCAAUGGUCUCAUUACAAUAUAUUUGUAUAUUAUUGAUAAUAUUAUUGUUAUAAUUUUCAUAAUUGAUAUUGCUAUGAUGAUGAUGUACUCAUAAUUUUAUGGAUUUUCCUGUAAAGGGCACAUUUGUAUUUCAACAACAUCGAUAACAUACUAAGCACAUAUUCAGAAAUGCACAAUGACACUUCUGUUUACAUGAUUUUAGGUAUUUGUUUGUUUCUUUGUUUUACUUGUUUUGUCAAAUGUCUAUUUGCAUAUACCUCUUCCUUUGUUCUACAUUGAACUGAUGUCAUCACUACCAGAGUACCGUACCGAGAUGUACAAUCUCAAUUUUGUCUGUCAAAGAAAUGGCUUCUAAUACGAUUACAAUCACUGGUUUAAUACACCUAGUUGGCACUGUUGUAGUUCACCCAAAACUGACAUUUGUCAUUAUUUACUCAUACCCAUCCUGUUCCAAACCAUAUGAAUUUGUUUCUUCAUUGGAACACUAGUAAAUUGGGUUUGGAAAGACAAUGACAGAAUUUCCAUUUUGGGGUGAACUAUUCCUUUAAAUAAUUGGAAUAUAGUUAUGCAUUUUUUCAAAAUCUAGGAAGCCCUGCUCAUAAUGCAUAUUGUUAUCUUUUGAUAUGUCAUCCUCAUUUGGGCUUUAGCGUGUAGCGUUCAAGGGUUACUUUGCAUUAACUGCCAUUGAUCCAUUUCAGCAUAGCAUAUUGAUCCGUUCUUGCCUUGGUCACAAAUGGUCAUUCAUAAUAAAUACAUUUUACCAUCCAUUUUAGCUCAUUUACUGCCUAUAGUUGCAAGAUAUCAUUCGUGGUCAUUGUGAUUUUUGCCACUACGUGUUUGCCACCAUGUUGUUUUGCAAGUCUUUUAGAUUAUUACCCAUGUGUUUGUAAAAGUAGUUGGAAUAAGCAGACUGCUCUUACAAGCACAAGUUUCCUUGUGCUCUAUAGUCCCAUGUCUGUAAAUAUAACUUUUUGGUCAUGGACCUUAUUGGUAUUUUCAAUACACUACUUGUCUGUGAAGCUCAUGUGUGGUCCCAUGUCUUUCUUCAAAUGAGGUUGCGUUCAGCUGCCAAACACUGAGAUUGCAGUCUCUCUUUACUGUACAAUAUGACUGUUUUGAUAACAUGUCAAAAAUGAUAGAGGGUGCAUCUUACGAAACAUGUCUGGGUCACUUUUAAACUCAAAAUAUUUUUCAUUUUCCAAGUCUGUUUUUCGGACCAUUAAAGGAAGAUUCUGGCCUGGGUUCAGUACAAGUCAAGCUCAAUCGAGAGCGUUUGUGGCAUAGUGUUGAUUACCACAAAAAAUAAUUUCGACUCGUCCCUCCUUUUCUUUUAAAAAUGCAAAAAUCUGGGUUACAGUGAGGCACUUACAAUGGAAGUGAAUGGGGCCAAUCUUUGAACAUUAAGAUAUUAAUUGUUUUAAAAUUAUAGCCACAAGACAUAAACAGUAUGCAUGUUAACAUCAUUUAAGUGUGAUAAAGUUACAUACUAAACUUUUCUGUGUAAAGUUAACCAAUUUUACAACUUUGUUGCCAUGAUGAUGAAACACCGUAAACCUGAAAACCCUAAAAUGUCUGUAAAAACCUUAACAACAUUACAGCUCAAAUAAUACGCAAGUUUUAACAGAAUAAUUAAUACAAGUGCUUUUAUAAAAUUAUGAGCUUCACAUUUCUGCCAUUAAACAAACCAUUGUAAGUGCCUUAAGAAAAGGAGGGACGAGUCUAAAUGAAUUUUUGUGGCAAUUAACAUUAUGCCUAAAAUGCCGCUGAUUAAACAUAACUUGUAUUGAACUCUGAAUAUUCCUUAGAGCACCAGUUUUUCUUUUCUUUUUUCUUUUUUUUUUUUUUGCAUUGUGACAUUAUUAGAUGUUGACGUUUCUAAUAACGUAAUGUUUUAAAGUGUUGUAUCAGAGUAAAAAGAAAUAAAGCAAUUUUUUAAAUUAAAAUAUGCAUGUGAAGGCAAUACAACAAAUACUACAAUUAUGUGUAAAUACUAAUUAAAUAAUGUAUCUUUUUUUUUCCGCUUGAUUGAUUUCCGUGCUUGAUUGUCACGGAAAUACUGUCACAUUGCAAAACAAAUCUUAAAUGCUUAUACUUUCUCUUGAUUUGGGGGUAGAAUAUGACCUGGACUUGUCCUUGACAGGUUUCACAAGAUUCAUAUUGACUGGAAUUCAAAGAUGUACAAAUCUCAUUGAAAGAUUUGUAACCUCAUUAAAACAACCAUUUCAUACGUACAAUUACUUUCAUCGCAGGAUCAUCAGUCAUCGUGGGACACUCAAAAUCGCACAUUUCUUGAUGGUUAAAUUGAACACUCAAAGUCCUUUUCAAGGUUUCUAUAUUUACCAGUUAAAAUACUUUAGUCCUAUGACUGUAUUAAAUGUAUGCUGUAAGUUUGGCCAUAGGAAAGAACUAGGAUCAUUCUCCUGUCAAGCUUUGGAGGGCUGUGGAGUGAUAUUCAUGGCUAUCUUCAGUUUGACUGGUACGAAGCCCCUGUCCUCACCCUUUAACGUGUCCACAACUUUUACUGACCCCCCCAACCACAUUAUUUACUGUAAAUAUUGUAAAAAGCAUUUUGAUAUCAUUGACAUGUUUUGAUAUGUCAGUCACAACCAAUGAGUACAGCUGAAAGUAAGUUAUAAAAGAAUGAUUGUUUUUGUAUUUUAAAGAGAUGCUUUUGCUGUAGAAAUGCAGAUUGAUGGUCACCUGUAGUGUAAAUUAUGUAAGACAAUAGGUAUAUGCAUUAUUUCCUUGAAAAUAACAAUCAAAGCUUAAAUUACUCACAAAUUUGGUUGUUGUGAAGAAAAUGGCUAGUGUGGUUGUUGUAAAUAAGUUGCUGCUCACAUAAUUUUGUGAUUUAUGAACAGUACAGAAAGAGAUAACAGAUGUGAUUAAAGAGCUUUAUGAGUCUUUUUCUAGCAAGUUACAUUUUAGGACACAGCCACACCAACCAUACUAUCCAUAGUAUGGAUAGCAACGAAGCUAUCAAAAAGUAUGGUUCCCAAUUCAUAAAAUGAAUGGGCAUUUUAGAAAUUUCUGCCAUUUUACAUAAAGUCGAGGGACCUGAAGUAAUUAUUUUCAAUACUGAGCAAAGAGGAAAAUGUGUCUGCUUGCUAUUCAAAUUGAAUUGCUUAGUUUCUUACUGAUCCACUUUCAGUCCUUUAUUUUACAUUUGUUGGCCAUCUCUGCACUUCUGUUUUUAUGUAUUAUACUGUAACAUUAGGAAUUAGUUUUGAGAGGGAAAUGUGUAUUUUGGAGCAGGGAGGGUGUGGCAGAAAUUCAGUAAUUUUCAUUGUCCUUUCUUGCAACAUGACAUUAUUUAAUAUGAAGCAGUCUGUCCCAUUGAGUUUGCUUUGUAUUUCAUUGUAGGGUAGCUCAGAUCUUUUUCCUAGGGCUUUAGGUAUCUUGUGUAGUUAAAUAUGUCCUUUGUAUUUUUCUUUAUAUUGUAAAGUUUCUUUAGACUGAAAAAAACACAUGAAAAUUUGCUUAUCAGCAAAGA